AUGGAAAAAGGCUUUCAGGGGAGCGGUACAACGUCCGAUAAUGUCUUUUACGAUGCAGAAUUUUCGAAUACUGUCGCAGCUCUUUUGGAAGAACACCAUGUUCCUGGAGUAAGCAUUGCCUUUGUUGAUAAAGGCAGUGUGUCUGUGAAGGGCUUCGGUAUUGCUCAGUAUCCCAACGUUGCUGCCAAGCCAGAAACACUAUACUUCACGGGAAGCACUACAAAGGCGAUGCUGGCGGCAGCGACCGGGAUAGUGAUGAGGCAGGAGUAUGGCAUGAAUGACCCUGAGAAUUUACCUCUUCAGCUUCUCAAAAAAGACAAAUGGGCCACGAAAAUAAAAUCAAUCCUUGCGACAGAUUUCGAACUGGAGGAUGAAUAUGCUACUAGCAACGUUACUAUUGAAGACGCGUUGUCCCACCGCUCUGGCAUGGAAUCAGCCGACCUCAUAUAUGGAACCUGGAUGGGCAAUGAUCCGAAAGGUAUUGUCCAGGCUUUAAAGCACCUAGGCCCUCUAAACAAGCAAUUCAGGACGACCUGGCAGUACAAUAAUCUAAUGUACAGUGUCGUUGGAGACCUUUUGAAAUCCAUCACCGGUGUCGAAACCGGAGUUCUCCUGAAGAAACUACUGUGGAAUCCACUAUACAUGAACUCGACAUUCUGGGCGCUCAAGGACAUACCGGAUGCCCAGCGGCAGGAUUUAGCCCGGGGGUAUUACUGGGUCGCAGGCCCACCCGGUUUGCCAGAAUCAGAGGGCUAUCACGUUCCCGAGCCUUACAUUGACUUUGCAGGAAUUGCACCAGCUGGUGCAACUAUCUCGUCCGUCAUUGACUACGGGAAGUGGAUCAAAGAACUUCUAAGGGUCUCGGCGAAAGAUCCAAAGCUCUCUGACAAUGGUUGUGUGCUCACACCCGAGCUGUUUUCUGAGCUUACCGCACCUCGAUCGAUCAUGGAGGCAUCAAUAGGUGGGAGCCAUCACAAACAUUUGAACCUCAGUGCAUAUGGACUGGGUUGGAUAAUUCAACCUCCCCUUGCAGGUAUCGAUCACCCGAUUGUGAGCCACUCUGGUGGCUUGAAUGGUUUCAAAACACAACUGUUCCUACUCCCCAACGAUGACUUUGGAUGCGUUUGCAUGGGUAACGGCAAUUUUGCCCACAUUACCGGCGAGGUUAUAUGUCUCGAACUGAUUGCGAGAAGGCUUGGACUAUCGGCCGAGGCCAAGGCGAAGAUCAUUGACUUGGCAAAGGGGAAGUAUCCUGCCCCUGCAACCGCCGACGCUUCUGCCGAUACCAAGGUUGUGGGAACGCAGGCUCCCAAAGUCUACCACAAGGAGUCGGCCCAGGACCUUUCAGAGGACCAAGUGAAAGACUUCUUCCAUAGAGUUGCUGGGGAAUACAGUCACCCGGCGUAUGGCGCCUUUCGGGUCUCAGACUAUGAGCGCGCAGACAAGGGCCCAGUUAUAUACAACCACUGGACUUCGCAAUCGGAUCGUAAUCAACGUGACCAGCAACGAACGAAGAAGCCCUGUUUACUUUUCUCGCCGAUCGGCCACCGUACUUGGAAGUUUCAGAUUCUGCUCCAUGCGAGGGAUGAUUUUGGAGAAAUGCUACGCCUUAUGAUUUCUGGCACGAAGCCAGAAGGCGACUGGAAGCGAUAUGAUCUGUUUUUCGAUAGCGAAUCCUUGGACGGCCAUGGCAAUAUCGAGGACGACGUGGUCGCUGGAUUUCCAGCGGGAGGUGAGAAUCCUGGCGAUAAAGAUUCUAGGGAACAAGACAAGAAGACGGAGUUGCGAUUGGAGACUGUGUGGAAUAGCCAAUUCUUGAGCGAGUUCGGGGCUGCUUUCAGGUUUUCCCCUGAAUCACGGAAGCAUACACCCGAAAUGAUAGGACUACGUCUAGCAGAGAAACUCGAUGGUAUGAAUGGCAGUAAAAAUGCUGGCUGGGAGAAGGAAAUGAUUUGGUUCACAAGGAGCUCUGGCGCAGAGGCUUGA